GCGCUUUGUUAGGAGCAGCCGGCGGGGCCGCAGGGUGGGGUUGUCCCCGCGCCGGUCCCCGCGGGCGCUGGGUGACAGCGGCCCGCCCGCCGAGCCCCCCCGCCGCCGCGGCUGAUGCGCCCGCACCGCGCCGCAGCCCCCGCGCCCGCCCGGCGGGGAGCGGCCGCCUUUGUGGAGCCGGGACCUGCUCGCCGUUCUCCUUCCAGCGGAAGAGGAGAUAGCGAGGAGAUCGAAAUAAAGAACCACCGAGCUCGAGUUAAUGUUUGAGAAGUUCGGGUGCGGGAGAGUCUGGAAUUUUGGCUUCUCGGAGAAAUAGUAGAAAAUGCAAAACGAAAUAAUAAAGCCUGCUAAAUACUUCUCAGAAGUGGAGAAGAGUGUGCUGCUUGCAUUAGUUGAAAAAUACAAAUACGUGCUUGAAUGUAAAAAAAGUGAUGCAAGAACUAUUGCUCUGAAGCAACGCACCUGGCAAGCACUAGCUCAUGAAUAUAAUUCACAGCCCAGUGUAUCACUGCGAGACUUUAAACAGUUAAAGAAAUGCUGGGAAAAUAUCAAGGCACGGACAAAAAAGAUAAUGGCACAUGAAAGGCGGGAGAAGGUAAAAAGAAGUAUUAGUCCACUUAUAAAUACUCACAUCGUAGGGAAAGAGAAGAUUGCCAGCAUAAUGCCUGAGCAAAUGUACUUUUUGCAGAGCCCACCAGAAGAAGACUCUGAAUAUCAGCCUGAUGCUUCUAGUCAAGAGUCAUUUGUUGUGUCAAACAGAGAACUUUGUGAUGAAGACAAAGAGCUGGUGCAUUUUCCAGUAUGCGAAGGUACCUCCCAGCCUGAGCCUUCGUGUUCUGAUGUCAGAAUAGCAGCAGAUAAGAACUACAGAAGUAAAGCAUCUCAGGAAAGUGCUCUGAAAAAGAUGCAUGAGGAAGAACAUCAUCAGCAAAUGUCGAUUUUGCAACUCCAGUUAAUCCAAAUGAAUGAAGUUCAUGUGGCAAAGAUACAGCAAAUAGAAAGAGAGUGUGAGAUGGCUGAAGAAGAACACAGGAUAAAAAUGGAAGUGCUAAAUAAAAAGAAAAUGUAUUGGGAGAGAAAACUGCAGACCAUUACCAAAGAAUGGCCUGUAUCAUCCUAUAACAGACCCUUUCCUAAUUCACCUUAGAACACAGAGAGGCAGAGUCAGUUUGAUUUAGCACAUUUAUGAGUAACACACACUGAGAAGAGGGUUUUCUGUUGUGAAUGUACAGUGACAGGAUAGGUGCCUGGCUGAUAGCGAACACACUAUGACUCUUAAUGUUUAGGGAAACAGUGGUAUAGUUCACCAAGAGGAAAACUCUGUUGUUCAUUUGUAGGUAGUUCUGAUUUGACUCACAGACAUGCACAGUGUUCUAUAAUGUGAACGUAUUUUCCCCUCUCAGAACACCCUUGAUCCUUUUGGAAUUUAAGGGACUCUGGGUAUUCUUACAUUGGGUGUUCUUAAGAAAACUUAACAGCUUUAAACAUUGAGCUGUAGUGUUUGUUUUGAUUUCUAUCUCUUCCUAUCUACCAUUUCCUAAAUGUAGCAAGGGUUGGAGUUGCUCUCUGCUAUUGAGACAGAAGGUGAUUGACACCUGUUAGCUGGAUCAUUAUGCUAAGGCUUAGGGAAAAUAAACUAGUUAAUACAGUCCCUAACUUAUUCUUCAUAGAAGAUAUGAAAAUGAAGAGGGCCACUGUAGUAACAGCCCUCUCCUUCUGAAGAACAGUAAUAUUUCCCAGCUGGCUGACUGAGAGAAUGGUUGUGGAAUGGCCCUCCAGCUGUUUGAGACUUGAUGCUUGAGAGAAUUCUUCCUCAAAAGCCACUGUGCUGUCAUGUCCAGGCCCAUCUUGUAUUGAAGUAGAAUACCUAAACAGGAGGGUCAAAUGCUGCUGCCAGCACUGUGUGCUGUUCACCUGGAGUCAUUCUGAGGGGAAGAGCUUUUUAAGAAUUCAUAAAGCUCUCAAAAUGCAGUGAGCCAGCCAGUCCUUUGGCAAAGUCUCCCUCUAUAUUCCUAUGCAAUACUUGAUGGUGUAGCAGCUAGCUUGUUUAUUUCUCUGUAGCUAGAAGAAAAGAUUAAAACUCACCUUCUUUUCCUUCUCAUAGUGUGGGAAGCAUUCAAGGGAAUCAUUCCUGUCUAGAAGCACUGUUCUGAUUUGUUAUGUUCUGUCCUGUGUGUUUUGGUGGUGUGUUUCUUGCCUUUGCUGUCAGUGAGGGGUGAUGGACAUGAACAUACAUGUUUGUAUGAAGGCAUUCACAUGAAGGUCUCCACAGAUUUUGGACGUCCAGAACAGUAGACAGUAGGAAAGCACAAAUAAAGAUAAUUUUUACCCUGGCAAUCAUUUAUUCUAGUAGGGCAAGAGUUAAGAAGGUGUGAAAUGCAGAACCCCACAAGGAUUCAUAAGAACUGGUGUGUGAGAGCCUGUUUUACAGGAAAGUGUACAACCAUCAUUUGAAGCAGUGAGAAAAAUGAACAAAUCCAUAAAUUUUCAUUGAAAAAUCUGAGCAUCGCAUUAUUCAAUAAAGUAUUUUUGGAUCAUGGCUCCUGGGGGCGAGUCCAUACGAUGAGCAAUGUACUCAAAGCAGAGUAUGUUACAAGGCAUACAUUCCCACUUACACUCCUGUCUCUUUCCCUGGAUGUCCAUUCUGGUGGAGUGAGUUCCUUUUGGUUUUGUUUUGGAUUGAGUAGGGUUUUGCGUGUGUGUGUGUGUGUGUGUCUGUGUUUUGACCUGCUUUCUCUGCUGGUGAUUCAUCUUUGCAAGCACUGCCAUUAUCAACCGCAGGACUCGCUGUGGUUAACAGUGUGGUACCUGCGCUACUUCCUUAAAUGUGUUAAAACCAGCAAUCACAAUGGGAGCUAUUUAUUACAACUCAUUUCAUAUGACACAGAAAAAAAUAUGCUGGGCUGCUGCAAGAUAAAAAUAUAGGGCCUGGGUGAAGCUGCGAGAUAAAAACAUAGAGCCUGGGUGAAAUCUGAAGGCAGAUCUUUUUGAUCAAAAACUCAAUAUUCUUAUAAAUUGGCUGUGUAAACAAAGUGCAGAAAUUCCAAAGAAGGAUGUUGUUAUGUGCACUUUUAUUUUUCUGCUGAAUGAAAACACUUUUGGAAGGUAUAAUAACAGAGGCAAAAGAAAAGUAAACAGAAGCGGGAACCUUGUUGUUCUGAGAUUGCAUUCUGUGGUCUGGAAGAUGAGUAAGUUAUUUGAUUGGUUGUGACAAUUGUUCAGGCACCAUCCAGAAAAAAAGGUUAGGGAAGACAUUUGUCUUAACCAAUUAGGAUAUUUGUCAUAACCUUCUGCACUGGUUUCAAGUGAAAGUAAAUGGAAACCAGGUGUUAGACGGUAACGAACGGAGACAAUUUCAGCACUGUAAAGAGGGCAAGAAUAAAGAGACAAUCUAGGUCUAGAUAGCCCUGUGAAAGUUGUGAAAUAGUCAGAGAGAAUCUCAUGAAAUGUGAGAUAAGGGUAACUCGAACUCCUGGAAGUUAUAUGAUUGCUCAUGAAAGAUUGUUUUAUUUUUAUAUUUAAAAAUCCUUUAAAAUAAGCAUGUUUUCAGACUGUACUAAGCGUACAAUGCCUUGCUUCUUGGUAUAUUUUCUAAUUCUGAGACCAAAAGUUACAGUUCUUAGGCUGAACAAUAGACCUUUUAAUUCAGGUUCUAUUUAAAAGAAAGAUCAUAAGAGAAAGAUUAGAAAAAGCCAAGAUGAAGGUAUGAAAGAAAGAAUGAUCAUUACAUGCAUAGGGGAAGAAUGGGAAUGUAACACCAAACAUAAAUUAUAUAAGAUGGUUUUGUGGUACAGGCAGUAGAUGGUUCACAGGUGACACAGGCUCUUGCUUUCCCAUUUGUAGUUGACUGUUGGUUGCUGUAAAACUGGGUAAUAAACACAGAAAAAUGUAAAAGAUCAACAGGAGUAAAUAAUGUAUCUCCUUGCCAGGCUUUGACUUUAUAAAGUGAUCAAUGUGAUGGAAUUGAAAUUACUUGAGAAAUUACUUUUGCCUUUGUUGUUGUUGUUGCUGCUCCCUCUGGUAGUAGGGUUUAUAAUUUCUUGUGUUUGACUUUUCUUAUAUGCAAUAUGGCAAUCUCAGACAAUAUGUCCAUUUAUCCCCUUUUUUCUAGAUUACAUCAUUCAAAUACUUCCACAUAAUUGUGUUUUCCUGUUAACCAUUUGGUCAAGGUAUACAUGCAUAUUCUCUAGGUUUUUCCACAGGUAGAAUACAGGAGUAUUUUAAGAAAAACAUGCCUGUUGUUUCUGGAUUUGCUAUAAAACUUUUUGUCAAGAAUGAACUUAAAAGAUACACAGGGCAAAAUGAUCCCUUCUUAACUCCAUACAAAAACAUGUGUACCUGAUACGUAGUGGCCAUUGUUCUCAGCCUCUAUAUUCUUAAGAAGAGAGACAAUGGCCUUCUAGACAAGGUGUGGUAAAUUCCCUUAUGCUCCCCAAAUUAACAUGAGCCUAGCUCCAGGUGCUCUCUUUCCUUGGAGGUAAUCUAAUGUGUUGUGUAGUAACAUUUUUUUCAUGUAUUGAUUUUUUUUUUCUCCUGCAUUUUUCCCCUUAGUUUUUAAACCAGCAAUAUGAGUAGGGGGUUUCAUUCAGAGACAUGUGUUUUGCUUUUUCCUUCCUCUUGCCCAGGUUGCCCAUAUCACAGCAUUUGAACUUGAAAUGGGUGCUCCUCUACCAUCACCUUUCUUUUCCAGGCAUGGUUAGCUACCUUUUCCACACAGCUGCCAGUACAUUCUGAAUUCUGCACUCAGGUUGGGGAACAUAUAAGAGGGCUUUGAAGAGAGGUUAGUAUUGAGAAAGGCCUGUAUGAAGAAGAGCACUUCCUGCAUUCCAGCUCCAUGUAACUUGGGGGGACAGUCUGUGACCACAAAGUCUUUCAUCAGGACCAGAGCUAAUGCAGGGUGCUGAUGCUGUGUGAGUUUGAUUCUUCCUAAAUCAUUUGGGUUCUGCAGAAGUUAGGUUUGAGGUUUCCUGGUAAAAAACUUCUUUCUUGGUAGUUGAGGGGUCUCAGUGGAAUCCUUUCACAGCUUCCUCAAAUGAGAGUUCUUGCAAACUACUGACAUCUAUUCUACUUCUUUCAAUGCUCAGGCUGCUAACACCAGAGCAAGGGAGCUUGUGGCUUGCCGCAAAUCCUCUCUCUGAAGCUCCUUCCUACACUGCAGAGAUGUGUUCAGGCAGGACUGGAAACACAGCCCUGCCCAGCCACUGCUCAGAGAAGAGAUCCUUACAGAGCAGGUGCACCUCGUGUGGCUGAGCUCAACAUUCAGAUUUUGGGCUUAGCACUCAGACUUUGAACUAUUACUGCUCAGGGUUGCAAUAUUCCCAUUGCAGCCCUGUAACCAGAGAAAGAAGGAAGGCUUAGGGCUGCCUUUUUCUGAGCAUAUAGUGCAGCUGAGGAUGUUACGCUGAAUUUUGUUUAAUGAGCAUUCAUCUCUGUGUGUUCCCAAUACCAAAUUUUAGCAGUCUCACAAGGAUUUGUAUGAUUGCAUAGGUGUUUUUCAAUGAUCUUUUGUGGAUUUUUUUUUAUUUCUGGUUGUAGUUACUGUGACUUUUAUGUGUCCUUUUCCUUCUUCCCCACUUGCAUUAUAAUGUUCCAGUUUUGUUCUAAAUCUCUGUGGUUACAGUCUGUAAAACCACACGUUCAUGUAGUAUCAUGUUUUCAGGUAUUUUUCUCAUUAUGACAUUGAAAUAAUAAACUGCUACACAUUUGUAUUUUGCUACAUUGUGGAUAGAGGAAUUGCAUGUAAAUCUUAAAAUAACAUCUAGUUGGUUGUUUUUCCAGACAAGUCUCUCACAAGUGAUCCUGUCGUUUCAUAUUUUGAGCUAGCUUGCUAUUUUUGGAAUUCUGAUGCACCUUAGUUGCUUUCAUAGGAUAAUUACCUGUCUUUCCACAUUAUUUUUCUGUUUCUUCUCAAGAAAACUGACCGUAUAUUCACACAUCAUCAUUCUUCCUGAAUUUUGUACAUUUGUUAAAAAGGAAGAUGACCAUUCAUUGCCAUCUAUAAGAAUAGGAUAACAUGUUUUCCAGUGAAAGCAAGCAGUGGCCGCUGUUUCUGGUAUCACAGACUGACUUCUGUGCUGAUGAUCAGCUUGAUUCUCUGAUAUCUAAAUAAGAUGCAAAUAGAAAUGUGGACAGAUUGCUGGACCUAAAACUAGAUCUGUAAAAUAGAGAUAUACUAGCUGUGGCUCUGAAAAUUUUGUUGUUCUGAUCACGAACGGAUUAGGCAUCUGACAACAUCAUCAGCCAUGUUAAUAACAAAUUAAAAACUUGCAAAGUCAAAAGGAAAAAAAAGGGCUGGUUUUCAGAAUGAUUCAAAGUGAAGACAGCUUUUAGCUGUCCAAAGAGGUAACAUUGACACACACGUCAAACAAUUUCCCCUCCUGGUCUUCAUUUCUCUCUCCUUUAAGACUCUGGACACCUCUAUCACGACAAGUGCCCGACAAUAAGAAAAGUGGCUUCAAGUAGGAAUCGCACCAGAGUUAUUAGACUUCACUCUUUAUAAAACUGAAGUUGGACAGUUUUCCAAGACUACAUUAUCCAGACACACAUGCACACACACUGUGGAAAACCGUCUGCAAAAUAGCAUAGGAUACACAGCAAGGAAAAGGAAAAGGUUGUCCACUCCUGUGGACAGUGGGUAGUAAAACUAUUGUAUUCAGGAGAGUGUGUGGAUGAAUCUCACCAGACAGUCAACCUCUCUAAGAAUCAAGAAGUAUUUUUUCCAAAUCUUCUGAUCUGUCAAAACAGCCACAUAAAAAAAGCAAAAGGAGCAAAAAAAUAAUUUAAAAAUUAAACACUCAAAUUGCUAUAAGCAAUCUGUUCCCUUCUUGAUGAAGAGCUGGCCAGAUACAAAGCCUACA